CCUGACGUCUGGCAGCUCCUCCGUCCAUUUCCCAUCAAAAUAAACAUAUCCAAACCCAAUUUCCGUUGCGUUCAAAUCCAACAUCCAUCUAAUAAUUCAUUAACAAAAAAGAAUCAAUCACGCCACGUGGCUGGGUAGCGGCCAAAUUUUGCCCUUUUUGUUUUAACCCACUAAUCAUGUUGUAUCCAUUUAUAAUAGUGUCUAGAUAUAAUCACUGAAUUAUAAUAAGUUUUUUUGGUAAUCGAAUUAUAAUCAGUUAAUUCACUGAAAUGGACUUGUCACCACUCGCUUGGCACUGAAUUAUUAGGCACCCACUGACGGACCCCCCAAGGAUAGGGGUGUCCCACAUUGUAACCUAGCAAAGGAUUGUAGUUAGGGUUUGUGAGAAAGGGAAGAAGAAGACGGCUGAUUUGUGGAAAUUGCCAAUAUGCCCUUUUCUCUGUAGUUCUACCCACCACUAUAUAAACUUCACUCGAUGCUGCCCCAAACAAACAAAACACAUGAGUUCUUUCUGACCAUAAUUAUUAAGGUCCCUCUCUCCCUUAAUUAAUUGACCAAGGUAUCAAGAAUGGCCACCAUUCCGAAGGCGUUCGCCAUCCUUGUGACGAUCAUUGCAUCCCUCGCGAGCUUUACGUUCGGUUUUGGAUACCAAAGUUGCAUAUUGGUUACGGCCGCGACCACCCCUAUGAUGCAGGAGCUGCACCUGUCCGAGGCGGACCUUUUCAACAAGUUACUCAUCAACAUUCAUUUUUGCGUUGCGUGCUUCAUUUCCGGACUAGCAGCCGACACUUUCGGCCGGCGUCCGACGCUUAUUGCGUCGGCGAUAUUGUCUUUCACGGGGUUCAUCGUCAUGACGCAUUCCUUUUCCUAUACCACCUUCCUAGUCGGCCGGAACGUCUCCCUCUUUGGGAUCGGAGUGGGUGUCCUCGUGGCUCCGCUCUACAUCGGCGAAGUCGCUUAUCCGAGCCAUCGAGGGUUCCUCAACACCAUCCCAGAAAGAACAUAUUGAAUCAGAAAAAUUCAACGCUCGCCGGAAAAGUCGCCGGAAAAUCAUCGGGAAAGCCUAUCCUCGACAUAUACUGCGUACACGCAUCAAUGAAUCAUCACUAAGCAGGUGCGUAAUUUUUUUGUAGUUUCGAACAAUUUUUCCGACGAUUUGAAACGAACAGACGGUGGGCAGAAAAUUUCCGGCGGCCGGAACCUGGCCGGGCCGAAAAUUUCCGGUGGCCGGAACCUGGCCGAGCCGAAAAAUUCCGGCGGCCGGAACCAGGCUGAGCCGCAAGAUAUUUUCGGCCCGGCCAGGUUCCAGCCGCAAGAUAUUUUCGGCCCGGCCAGGUUCCAGCCACCGGAAAUUUUCGGCCCGGCCAGGUUCCGGCCGCCGGAAAUUUUCGGCCCGGCCAGGUUCCGGCCACCGGAAAUUUUCGGCCCAUAGUCUGUUUUUGCAAUUUUUCGGAAAAAUUCGAUUUUAGGAGUUGAAUUUAGAGUUUAGGAGUUGAAUUUAGCGUGUAAGAAUUGAAUUUAGAGUUUAGGAGUUGAAUUUAGCGGUUAAGAAUUGAAAUUAGCGUUUAGGUUCACAGGAAUAUUGAUAUAUUAUAUUGUAAUUGUAGGAAAAAUGUCAGAGUUGUUACCGGCCGAUCAUGAUUACACACAUGAAUUUGAGAAUGGGAUCCAUUAUGCAAGUGUGGAGUUAGCUGAGUUAGCUGCAAGAACAAUCGCUCAGCAGUGUGGGUUCUUUAUUGUUAGAGGAUCAUGGAAACCGAAUACUGCUGGACAGAAUCCUGUUACUGCCCUCUGUAUGUAUUGCGACAGAAGUAGUAGGAUCGUUAAGUCUUAUAAACCAGACCCUACGAA